AUGCCCCCGGAAAAAGCACGCCAGCCCUUCGACGUUCCCGGGCUCGACGACUUCGAGUGGGCGCAGGAAACAGACACGGCCAGCUUCUUCUUCAGCGUCGGAGCGGGCGUGCGCGGGCGCGACCUGCUCGUGCGCAUGCUGCCCACGACGCUGUGCGUGCGUUGCCACGGCCGCAUCCUCCUCGAUGGGCCGCUCGGCGGCACAAUUGCACCGGAAGAGAGCGAGUGGGAACUCGUGGACGGAUCUCUGCACCUCACGCUGCGCAAGGCGCAGCAGUGCGAGUGGCGGAUCCCGAUCCGCCAGACGACGGCGACCACCACGCCUGGCACAGCGCCAGCCGCGACCGGCGCGUCCGCGCCCUCAAGGCCGGCCUCGUCUGCCACCGCACCACCACCGCAGCCGCGACGCCUCCCCGCCCUCGACCGCAGCGCGGGCGGCUCCAGCGUCCUCCGCGACGCGUACCGUGCAUGGGACCGCUUCGACGAGGCGGGCGCGCUCGCGGCGGUCGAAAACGAGGGCAAGAGCGAGGACAGCAUCGGCGUGACCCUCCGGGCGGGGGGCGGCACCGCGGCGCUGCAGUGCACCGACUAUGUCAAGGACACCGAGGAGGUCGAGCUGGAUGAGGAGCUCGGCCGGAAGCGCUCGUCGCUGCAGGCGACGCUCAACGCGCGCCUCGCCCAGGCCGCCGAGCUCAAGGCCCAGGGGAACCGACUGCUGUCCGAUGGCCAGCCGCGCGCGGCACUCGAGAGGUAUCUCGAGGGCGAGGGCGCGCUCUGCGCGCUCGAGCAUGCGCGGGUGCUCUGCUCGGCGCACAUGGUGGGCACGACCGACGCGCUGCUCACCGACCUGCGCGCCAACGCCGCCCAGGCCGCCCUCAAACUCGGCGACUGGGACGCCGCCAUCGAGACCGCCACCGCCGUCCUGGAGGCCGUGCCCACGCACGCAAAGGCGCUCUACCGCCGCGCGAGCGCGCACGCGAGCCGCGACGGCGACGGGGACGCCAGCAGAGCGCGUGCCGACCUGCGUGCCCUGCUGAAGGUGCAGCCGAGCAAUGGCGCAGCGAGCAGGCUACUCGAUUCGCUUCCGGCCGAUUCGCGUGGUGGUAUCAUGGUCCUCUGGAGCAACGAGCUCGACGAGACCGCCGAGGCCGAGCUCAGCAAAGGCCAAAGCGUGGGGCGACCGCGACGGGAAGCUCCAUUUCAAACAAAAACGGCCGCGCUCUCAACGGCGACCUCCGCCGCGGCAACAGUCUCAAAGCGGCUCCUAGGCAUCAGGGGCCGCUGA